AUGUCUUCCGCAAGCCCCAAGCCCGUCAAGAUCACCACAUUCCCCUUGCGCAACCAGCCAGGCCGCGUCGCAGGCUACACCAUCGGCGCCGCGUUGAUGCUGCUGAUCUCACGGCGCGGCUUCAUCGCCCCUGGCUCCGUCAUCUACAAUACCCUUAUCAAGACCCCUGAGGCGGCUCAGACAGCAGCUAAGAUCCAGGACUGGGCUUUUCUCUUUGUUGUUGGGGCACACUCGAUCGAGGUGCCGCUCUUCGCCGUGACGAAGCUGAAGAAGCAUGGCGUCCCGUUCUUCAGCGUGCUGUGGUGGAAGUGGGCUGUGGCGUGCUUUGUUGGGGGUCUCGCUGCGUGGAAGCAUUUUGCCCUGACUGUGGCGGCGGCCGAGGGGAAGAGGGCUUAG